CUGUAUAAUUAGCUUUGUUGGGGUAACGGCGCCCUCUUGAGGUUCACGGUGAGCUGUGCAUGCUGAUGAGCUGAUAGGUAAUCCAUUAACUUUCCUUGCAGUCAAUGAUUAUCGAUUACUAGUGAACGAUACAAAGUUCAUUGCAAACCGUGAUAAACACAUAUAAUGAAUUCGAUUGGAAAAAGAGCAUCAUGUCUUUGAGAACAUUUUCCUGCAGAGUUUUGUUUAAACUUUUGAACCCCGGUGUCGUCGCUUCGAGCAAAUCGCGCAGUGCACGAGAUGCAGCAGCUGUCGUGUUGGCUCGGAGCUCCGCGAGGGGCUACUACAACACCGGGAAACCCAGGUACCCAGGACCGGACGGGGCGGCCCAGGUCCGGGUGGUGGACCUCCGCAGCGACACGGUGACCAAGCCCGGGCCGGCGAUGAGACGGGCCAUGGCGGAGGCCGAGGUCGGAGAUGACGUGAUGGGAGAAGACCCGACUGUAAACGGGUUACAGAAAAUUGCUGCUGAUAUGUUUCGGAUGGAGGCUGCAUUGUUUGUUCCCACCGGGACCAUGAGUAAUCUCAUUGCAGUGAUGGUGCACUGCAGGGAACGAGGUGACGAGAUGAUUGUGGGCGAUCUGUCACAUAUACAUGUAUAUGAGCAAGGAGGGAGCGCACAGCUCGCUGGUGUCCACGCCACCACAGUGACCACUCUACCUGAUGGAUCAUUUGACUUGAAGCAGCUGGAAUCAAAGAUCCGCCACGGUUACCCUGACCCCCACUUCCCCCGCACACGCCUCAUAUGUGUGGAGAACACACAGAACAUACAGGGAGGGCGUGUGCUGCCUCUGAGCUUCCUGCAGGAGGUUCGUGCUUGUGCAGAUAGAUACGGUCUGUCAGUUCACAUGGACGGGGCCAGGGUGAUGAACGCUGCUGUGGCCCUGGGGGUGCCUCCAUCCACUAUACUGCAGCACACACACACUGUCAGUGUGUGUCUCUCCAAGGGUUUAGGUGCCCCAGUAGGAACCAUGCUGGCUGGACCUAAAGACUUCAUAUCCCGGGCAGUACGGUGCCGCAAAGCCCUGGGUGGGGGGAUGCGGCAGGCUGGUAUACUAGCAGCAGCUGGAAAACUGUCUUUACUAGAGAUGGUUGGAAGACUGGAGGAGGAUCACCGCAAUGCAAAAGCUUUUGCUCAAGCUCUGCUCAACUGCGACCCUCAUCUAUUCGCUGUAGACAUGGCUGGGGUGGAGACAAACAUCCUGCGGUUCUAUCUACAGGAGCCCGGUUUAAGCCCCUCUGAGUUCUGUGCCCGCAUGGCUGAGGUUGGUGAAGGAGAGGAGGAAGCACUGGGACAAGGGAUACAGGUUCUCAUGUUCCCCCAUUUUGGAAAUUCAGUACGGGCUGUAUGGCAUCUUGGGAUCUCCCCUGAAGAUACUCAGCUGGCCAUCCAGAAAAUGCAAUUUGUGGUUUUUCAGUUCUUAAAGGAAAAAGCCAGGGCCCAUUGAAACCUGAUAUUUCCAAAGAUGUGUAGUCUAAUCAGGACUGAUCAUAGCUCACUCUAAAAAGAGAGUAACGGAUGUCAAACACGAGACAAAUACUGUACAACUUGGCUCACUUUCUUUUAAUCAUUAAUUUAAUUCAAAACAGUUUUUUGUAAUUCUCAUUAAAUUAAGUGAACAAAUAUCUCUUGUCAGAGUUUUUCUUCCUUUUUAA